AUGCCGCUCUUCUUCCGCGGCGAGUAUGCCGGCUUCAUCGUCAAAGGAAACUUCAUGACCCUCGCUGCCAAGCCACAUCUCGUGGAGGAGGGAGAGUGGCUCGCACAUCAGAUCGUGGAACAAAAUCGACUGCUCAGCGGAAUGCUGCGGUGCGUACAAGAGAAAGACCGCACCACCGGCCGACCUACCUGCAACGAACACAGCUGCCCAAGCAUGUCCGCAGGCCCCACCACCUACACCUGGAUCGACACCAAAGGCAACCCCAUCAACCUCCCCGCCCCAACCUACAUCAAACACAUCCAAACCUGGGUAAGCGGCAAAGUGCAAGACCAAGCCCUCUUCCCCACCGACAACUUCACCACCGCCCCGCCCCUCCCGCGCGCAAGCGACGUCAAAGCCGACCCCGCCCACUACCUCGGCCGCACCUCCGGCUUCCCGCAGCGCUUCGAGAGCGAAGUGAAGAAUAUGUACAAGCAGAUGCUGCGCUGCUACGCCCACCUGUACUGGCAGCACUGGCUCGUCUUCUGGGAGCUCGGCGGGCACCGCGAGCUGAACACGUGCUUUGUGCACUUUAUGAAUGUCGGGCGGGCGUACCGCUUGCUCGGCGAGAAGGACAUCGAGCCCAUGGCGCCGCUCGUCGAUUUGUGGAUUAAAGAGGGCGUGUUGCCCAAGUAUGAGGAGGAGGGGGGCUCGGUGGCGUCGCCGACGAGUGUUCCUGAGCGUGGGGCGUCGACGGUGGUUGGGCCGACUUCUGGGGCGGGAGUUGGGAAUGCGGGCACCGCGGCUGCGUGGUCGGAUUGA